AUGACCCGUGAGAUCUACAACAAGAUUGGCUUGGAAGGAGACUUCCAUUGUAGAACACCUUUCAGGCUGUGGAGAGUCAAACAGUCUCUUGAUGGAUCUUCGGGUCCUCUCCUGGAGCGUAAUGAUCCUCUGCCCUCUAAUCGGAGCUCUUCGGGCAUCAAGGCCAUCCUUUCAACGGGGGACAUAGCCAUUGAGCACCUGGACCCCGAAACAGUGGCUGCCUCUCCAUCCAGAGCUGUGGUCCAUCGUUGGCGAGUAUCCAGCAGUGAUAUCAUGCGCAACAGCCCAUAUUUUAGGGCUCUCUUGGAUCCGCACAAGUUCGCGGAGGGCAAGAGCCUGAUGCACCAAAAGAUCCAAACCCAGCAACUGGCCUCCGAAUCUGCGGUUGGGAGCCUGAACCCCCCCGAUGGCGCGCAGGCCUGGAACACGGAUGCUUUACCGGUCGUUCGACUUCCAAGCGAUCAUUUUUCCUCGCGUCUCGGAACGGAUGUCAUUGAGCUCUUUCUCGAGGCUCUGUCCUACGACUCAUAUGAUGACGACCAACAGCGGGCGUUUGACGCCAGACUCAGAGUGCAGCCUGUGUCCCUUGUCUCGAGAUUGGUGGAACUGGCAGAUGCUUUCAACUCACCACAGGCCGUUCAGAAAGCUCUGACACAGUCAGGUUAUGCUUUUGGCAAGGGAAAGGUCCCUCUCACCAAAUUCGAUGCAGCCUCUCUGUUGAAGCUGCCCGAGGAUCGGAUCCGCCAGACAAUAUUCGUGGCUCGAUUCCUCAAUGAGUACGCCAUUGUUCAGGUGUACACCCAUACCCUCAUCGUGAUGGGGUCGAGAUAUUGGUCGAAUGGCGUCGUUGAAGCUCCUGGAAAUCCCACGUUUCCCUGGCAAUAUCUUGCUGGAGGAAUAGAAGAGGAACUUUACUUUCGCCGACAAUGCGUCCUCAACACGAUCACCGACCUGCAAGCCCACUUCCUCCGUGCCUACGGAGCUCUCGAAGACGCGACAGACGACGCCUACCCUUCCGCCGCAGCAACAACAUCCACAUCUGCAGCCACGACAACCACGACAACAACCCCCCAACCCAGACCCCCGUUCUCCCUGCCUGCCACCUCUACCACCAUUCACCCCCGCCACUUUCAAUGCCGCUACGGCUUCGCCAACUCCAGCGCCUGCGACGUCUUCCAUCUAGGCCAAAUGACGCGCUUCUUCGCCUUACGCACCAAGACCAUCUUCCUCGGCUCCACUCUCAUUGACGACCCGGAUUUUCUUCUCCCGCUGGAUGAUGAAGACCACGAUAACGAAGAAGCUGAUGACGAUGAUGCGAACCUCACAGCCGAUCACCCACCAACUCCCAUCCCACAACAACAACAACAACACCAAACAAAUAUAGCCACACUCCUCGCCUCCCUCAAACAGUGCCCGGACUACCAGAUCGACACCAACCACACGGGCUGCGGCAUCCGCCGCCGCUUCCUGCCGCCCCUGGACUGCAUCGAGCGAUUCGUCGGCGACGCCCGCGGCCUGCUGGGCGUAGAUCUAGCGCCACCGUCAUCGUCAUCGACAUCGCCCUCCUCCUACUCGCAGGGUAGUGGCUGGGCCGCGACGACGCGGUGGACUGUGACUCCCGGGUCGUGGGCGAACCGGUCCCGCCCGCGCGCGUUGGUGCUAGACGUGCAUUUGUCGCGGAUCAAUGCCAUUCCCGUGCUGGCGCGUGGCGGUGGGAGAAAGGUCGAGCGAGGGGUCCGGGUGGGCAGUUCGCAGGAGGAGAAUGCGAGGUUGCUGUUCACGGCGCGGAGGAGGAAUUGGGAGGCGUAA